UUUCAGCAAGCCAAGAUGGAGUAUGAGUGGAAGCCUGAUGAACAGGGGCUUCUACAGAUCCUGCAGCUGCUCAAGGAAUCGCAGUCUCCGGACACCACCACGCAGAGAGCCGUUCAACAAAAACUAGAACAACUCAAUCAGUAUCCAGAUUUCAACAACUACCUGAUUUUUGUUCUUACAAAGCUGAAGUCUGAAGAUGAGCCAACACGUUCCUUGAGUGGUCUCAUCUUGAAGAAUAAUGUAAAAGCACAUUUUCACAACUUUCCAAAUGGAGUAACUGACUUCAUUAAAAGUGAAUGUUUGAACAAUAUUGGUGAUUCCUCCCCCUUAAUUAGAGCUACUGUAGGCAUUCUGAUAACAACCAUUGCUUCAAAAGGGGAAUUGCAGAAUUGGCCUGACCUCUUACCAAAGCUUUGCAGACUGUUGGAUUCUGAAGAUUACAAUACCUGUGAGGGUGCAUUUGGUGCUCUUCAGAAGAUAUGCGAAGAUUCUGCUGAAAUUUUAGAUAGUGAUGUAUUGGACCGACCACUCAAUAUCAUGAUACCUAAAUUCUUGCAGUUCUUCAAACACAGCAGUGCAAAAAUAAGGUCUCAUGCUGUUGCAUGUGUCAAUCAAUUUAUUAUCAGCAGAACUCAAGCUCUUAUGUUGCACAUAGAUUCUUUUAUUGAGAAUCUUUUUGCACUGGCUGGUGAUGAGGAGCCUGAAGUACGCAAAAAUGUUUGUCGUGCUCUGGUAAUGUUGCUAGAAGUUCGAAUGGAUCGCCUGCUUCCUCAUAUGAUUAGUAUAGUUGAGUAUAUGCUUCAAAGGACCCAGGACCAAGAUGAAAAUGUUGCUUUGGAGGCUUGUGAGUUUUGGCUGACUUUGGCUGAACAGCCAAUUUGUAAAGAUGUAUUAUGUCGGCAUCUUGCUAAACUGAUACCUGUGCUGGUAAAUGGUAUGAAAUAUUCAGAGAUUGAUAUUAUUCUGUUAAAGGGGGAUGUUGAAGAAGAUGAAGCUAUUCCAGAUAGUGAACAGGACAUAAGACCUCGUUUUCAUCGUUCGCGGACAGUAGCUCAGCCACAUGAAGAAGAUCGUAUUGAAGAUGAUGAUGAUGAUGAUGAUGAUGAUGACAAUGGUCUUGAUGAUGAUGAUACUAUUUCUGACUGGAAUUUAAGGAAAUGUUCUGCUGCUGCUCUAGAUGUCCUGGCUAAUGUAUUUCGUGAUGAACUUCUGCCACACAUCUUGCCCCUUUUGAAGGAAUUGCUUUUCCAUCAUGAAUGGGUAGUUAAAGAAUCUGGUAUCCUUGUUCUUGGAGCAAUUGCUGAAGGCUGCAUGCAGGGUAUGAUUCCAUAUCUUCCUGAGCUGAUCCCUCACCUUAUUCAGUGCCUCUCUAAUAAAAAGGCUCUUGUGCGCUCCAUCACUUGCUGGACUCUUAGUCGCUAUGCACACUGGGUAGUUAGUCAACCCCCAGACACAUACUUGAAGCCAUUAAUGACCGAGUUGCUAAAGCGCAUUCUGGAUAGCAACAAGAGAGUACAAGAAGCUGCCUGCAGUGCCUUUGCUACUCUAGAAGAGGAGGCUUGUACAGAGCUUGUUCCUUAUCUUGCAUAUAUACUUGACACUUUGGUCUUCGCAUUUAGUAAAUAUCAGCAUAAAAACCUGCUCAUUCUUUAUGAUGCUAUAGGAACUCUAGCAGAUUCUGUAGGACAUCAUCUAAAUAAACCUGAAUAUAUUCAGAUGCUAAUGCCUCCAUUAAUCCAGAAGUGGAACAUGUUGAAAGAUGAAGAUAAAGAUCUCUUCCCUUUAUUGGAGUGCCUGUCAUCAGUUGCUACUGCCUUGCAAUCUGGAUUUCUUCCAUACUGUGAGCCUGUGUACCAGCGUUGUGUCAAUCUGGUGCAGAAGACUCUUGCACAAGCCAUGUUGCACAAUGCUCAACCAGACCAAUAUGAGGCUCCAGAUAAAGAUUUCAUGAUUGUAGCUCUUGAUUUACUCAGUGGUUUAGCUGAAGGACUUGGAGGCAACAUUGAACAGCUAGUGGCUUGCAGCAAUAUCCUGACACUAAUGUACCAAUGUAUGCAGGAUAAAAUGCCUGAGGUGCGGCAGAGUUCUUUUGCAUUGUUAGGUGAUCUGACAAAGGCGUGUUUUCAGCAUGUUAAGCCUUGCAUCGCUGAUUUCAUGCCCAUUUUGGGAACAAACCUAAACCCUGAAUUCAUUUCUGUGUGUAACAAUGCCACCUGGGCAAUUGGAGAAAUCUCCAUCCAAAUGGGUAUAGAGAUGCAGCAUUAUAUUCCAAUGGUGUUACACCAGCUUGUAGAAAUAAUUAACAGACCCAACACACCAAAGACAUUGUUAGAGAACACAGCAAUAACAAUUGGUCGUCUUGGUUACGUUUGUCCUCAAGAGGUGGCUCCCAUGCUACAGCAGUUUAUAAGACCCUGGUGCACUUCUCUGCGAAACAUAAGAGACAAUGAGGAAAAGGAUUCAGCGUUCCGUGGGAUAUGUACCAUGAUCUCAGUCAACCCCAGUGGAGUAGUCCAAGACUUUAUUUUUUUUUGUGAUGCUGUUGCAUCGUGGAUUAACCCAAAAGAUGAUCUCCGAGACAUGUUCUGUAAGAUUCUUCAUGGAUUUAAAAAUCAAGUUGGGGAUGAGAAUUGGAGGCGUUUCUCUGACCAGUUUCCUCUUCCCUUAAAAGAGCGCCUUGCAGCUUACUAUGGAGUUUAA